AUGUCGACGGCCGAGAUCGCUCAGAUCUAUCGAUUUCAGCUGCUCUCGCAAUCUCUUGCAGCCGCAGAGGUACAACCGCUUGCAGGCAUGCUCGUGCAGAGUCCUGGGCAGAGAGGUCGCAAGGGGCCGAGCCCGAAGACGUAUGUUGCUGUUGGAGCAAGCACUGGAGCUUUGCAGCUGCGAGAAGUGGAAUGGGUACUAACAUGCCCGACGUUGACCAGCUGCGAGCAGACCUUGGUCUCGUUCAGAGAGAGCGAGGCGAUGGAGGGGGUGCAUCUCACUCUCAUCAGCGACGACGCCAAGCUCAGAGAGACGUUUGCAGUCGAGCUCACAGCAGACACCUUCGUUCCUAGGGGAAAGAUCGCCAAGCAGAGGAAGGUACUUCGCGACAGGGACCAAGCUAGGCACAGCAGCUUUAGAGUACAGAUCAAGUCGAGGUCAAGCAUGAGCACAGGCCGCUUCUCGAGGAAAGAGAUGGAAGCGCUGUGCGGAGGAGGUAACACAUCGAUCACGAGAGUCAAGCGAGCCAUAUUGGAGUUAGCAAGAAGAAUAAAUCUCAAGCUGCUGGAAUGGGAGCCUGAUAGCUCUCUCCCUGGCGACCAAGGCAGAGACUCGACGCUUGAUGGACGACCGACAUGCCCUUUUACUUGGAAGGGAUCCUGGAAGUCAAGCUGGAAGCUGUGGGUUUUAAGCUCAACCCUCAGCAUGAGGAGGAGAGGAGCCCGAGCAGCGAGGAGCAAGCCCAAGAGCCCCAAGGGCACUGAGCAGCAAGGCGCUAGAUGGCUGGAGCUCAGCGACAUCGACAGGAUCACCAUGGAAGCAGCGUCACAAGAGUGUUGGCAACCUGCAUGA